AUGAGUACUAACCACAGCUCUGUAACACAUUUUAUUCUCCUGGGUUUCUCCCUUAGCAAGCAAACUCAGCUAUUUUUAUUUAUAUUGUUCCUAAUUAUCUACUCCAUGACUCUGAUGUCCAACCUUCUUGUCAUCACCUUAGUGACAUUUCAGAGAUCACUUCACAAACCCAUGUACUUCUUCAUUGGAAACUUUUCUUUCUUAGAAAUGUGGUAUACUACUGUCACUGUUCCCAGGAUGCUUAAAGAUUUAGGAACCGGAAAUAAAACAAUCUCCUCCAUUGGGUGUAUUUCCCAAUUUUAUUUUCUCUUCUCUCUUGGAGCCACACAACAUUUUUUAUUAGCUAUAAUGGCUUAUGAUCGUUUCUUGGCUAUUUGCUUUCCUUUGAGAUAUACCAAUCUCAUGUGCAGGUCCACCUGUGGGAAGCUUGCAGCAGCAUCUUGGAUUGCAGGUUGGUUAUCCAUUUCAUUGCCAGCUGCUAUGAUGUCACGGUUAGUCUUCUGUGGACCAAAUAUAAUGGACCACUUCUUCUGUGAUUUCAGUCCUCUGUUACAAUUGUCCUGCACUGAAACCUGGUUAAACGAGAUUAUAUUUUCUGCUGUGGCUUGGACAGUAAUUCUUGGUUGCUUUUUCUUUACUUUUAUGUCUUAUAUCUCAGUAGUUACUGCCAUCUUAAGAAUACCAUCUUCCAUUGGUCGCCAAAAAGCAUUUUCUACUUGUGCAUCCCAUAUUGCAGUUGUUGGCAUAUUUUUUGGCACAGUCAUUUUCAUGUAUAUACGCCCAAAAGCUAAGAAUUCUUCCCCAAUUGAUAAAGUGGUCUCAGUGUUUUAUUCUGUUGUAGUUCCCCUUCUAAAUCCUAUGAUCUACAGCCUAAGAAACAAAGAGAUGAAAAAUGCUCUGUGGAAAGCUGUAAAUAAAUUAAAAAGAACAUGA